CACAACAGUCAGCAGACUCUUACACUGUCCCUGACUGUCAUCAUCUUGGUCACCAAACUCCUGUGGCUCAUCGAUCGAUAUGGAAAGGAUUUUGUUCGUUUUUACAGUGUUUAUUGCAUUGACGGAGGGCCAGGUGAAACCUGAAGUGACUAUAUGGCCUGGAACUAAGGAGAUAUACUCUGGGGAUACAUUAGUGCUGAGCUGUAAUGGCUCAGGGCAGGUGACAUGGUUCCUCAAUGAUCAAAAAAAUGACCAUCCUAAUGAAACCUGGAUCAUCAGUGCCGUUUCCACCAGGAACUCUGGAUCAUAUUCCUGUCAGAGGGAUUCACUGAGGAGCGACCCUAAAAAUAUCACAGUUUUGGAGUACAUCCCUCCGGCCACUCUCUCCCUGAUAUCUGAUUUGCCAGUGAUCACUCAGGGGGACUCUGUUGUCUUGGAGCUCCAAGUUGACGAGGGACUGGAAGGCUGGUUCUGCCGAGUGUACAAGGGGCAUCGUGCACGCAGAAUUAUAAUUAGGUCAACCUUAAUGUCCUCCAAUGAAACCAGAGUUCAGAUUCAUCCCAAGACCCUACUGGAAAAUGAGUCACCUGCCCUCUACUGGUGUGAACACAAGACAACCAAGAAAAGGAGCAACCUUAUCACUAUCACAACCACAGAUAAAAUGGUGAUGUUGGAGACCCUGCCUGAACCUGCAACUUUGGGGAAAGAGCUGACUCUACAAUGCCUCGUAUGGGGCCAACCAAUUAUAAGCGAGGCUGCCUUCUUUAAAGAUGGCAAGCAACUGUCAAUCAGCUCCUUUGCAUACAAAAUAGCCCAAGUGAAACAGGAUGAUGAGGGGAGUUACCAUUGCAAAGCCACCUACAAAUUCAAAGAUAACAAGAGUAACCUCCCACACACUGUCGCCUCUGACCCUCAGGUUCUCAAGACUAAAGCCGCCCUUCCACAGCCAGUGCUCACAAAUAAGGGCAAUGACAUGUCCUGCACCUGUGAGAAGUGCGCUCCGAAUCACACAUACCGGUACUACUACAAAGGAGAGGAUGGCAAGCUCAUGUGGGUUAAAGAUAGGACAGUGUUGAGAGAUGGGAAAUAUAUGUGUAGAGCAGUGUGGGCUAAGGGAGUCUCCAUGCUCAGUCAGCCCAUUCACAUCACACCAGGAAUUUCAUGGAUCAUAUUAAUACUCGUCAUCCUUGGGAUACUUCUUUUUGUUGCACUGAUCAUAUACUGUAUAAAACGCAAACGUGCAAUUGAUGCGGCCAAGGCUCAGGAUGCAGCUUAUGAGGAACUCCCACAGGGAAAAGACGCCAUUGAGAUGCAAAAAGCCAAGGCAGGAGAGCAAGGUGGAGAGGGUGGAUAUGAGGCUCUGAAGAGAUCCAAAACAGAUGAGAAAGAGGGUGUGUACCAUACUCUGGGGGCAGGGGAAGGGAAAGGUGGGGAAGGUGGAUAUGAGGCUCUGAAGAGAUCCAAGACAGAUGAGAAAGAGGGAGAGUACCAGACUUUGGGGGCAGAGGGAGGUAAAGGGGGGGAGGGUGGGUAUGAGGCACUGAAGAGAUCCAAAACAGAUGAGAAAGAGGGAGAAUACCAAACUUUGGGGGCAGAGGGAGGUAAAGGGGGGGAGGGUGGGUAUGAGGCACUGAAGAUAUCGAAAACAGAUGAGAAAGAGGGAGAGUACCAAACCUUGGGGGCAGGAGGAGGGAAAGGGGGAGAGUAG